AUGGUUGUUGCUUUCUGGCUACACAUUGGCCUGGUGGCAUGGAAACUGGCAUCAAUAAUGGAUGUCAAGAAUGCGGAGGAUGGUGAGUGUGGGCAUGUGACUCACAAGAAUGUGGAGGAUGGUGAGUGUGGGCAUGUGACUCACAAGAAUGCGGAGGAUGGUGAGUGUGGGCAUGUGACUCACAAGAAUGCGGAGGAUGGUGAGUGUGGGCAUGUGACUCACGAGAAUGCGGAGGAUGGUGAGUGUGGGCAUGUGACUCACGAGAAUGCGGAGGAUGGUGAGUGUGGGCAUGUGACUCACGAGGAUACGGAGGAUGGUGAGUGUGGGCAUGUGACUCACGAGAAUGCGGAGGAUGGUGAGUGUGGGCAUGUGACUCACAAGAAUGCGGAGGAUGGUGAGUGUGGGCAUGUGACUCACAAGAAUGCGGAGGAUGGUGAGUGUGGGCAUGUGACUCACAAGAAUGCGGAGGAUGGUGAGUGUGGGCAUGUGACUCAAGAGAAUGCGGAGGAUGGUGAGUGUGGGCAUGUGACUCACAAGAAUGCGGAGGAUGGUGAGUGUGGGCAUGUGACUCACAAGAAUGCGGAGGAUGGUGAGUGUGGGCAUGUGACUCACAAGAAUGCGGAGGAUGGUGAGUGUGGGCAUGUGACUCACAAGAAUGCGGAGGAUGGUGAGUGUGGGCAUGUGACUCAAGAGAAUGCGGAGGAUGGUGAGUGUGGGCAUGUGACUCACGAGAAUGCGGAGGAUGGUGAGUGUGGGCAUGUGACUCACGAGGAUGCGGAGGAUGGUGAGUGUGGGCAUGUGACUCACGAGAAUGCGGAGGAUGGUGAGUGUGGGCAUGUGACUCACAAGAAUGCGGAGGAUGGUGAGUGUGGGCAUGUGACUCACAAGAAUGCGGAGGAUGGUGAGUGUGGGCAUGUGACUCACAAGAAUGCGGAGGAUGGUGAGUGUGGGCAUGUGACUCACAAGAAUGCGGAGGAUGGUGAGUGUGGGCAUGUGACUCACAAGAAUGUGGAGGAUGGUGAGUGUGGGCAUGUGACUCACAAGAAUGCGGAGGAUGGUGAGCGUGGGCAUGUGACUCACAAGAAUGUGGAGGAUGGUGAGUGUGGGCAUGUGACUCACAAGAAUGCGGAGGAUGGUGAGUGUGGGCAUGUGACUCACAAGAAUGCGGAGGAUGGUGAGUGUGGGCAUGUGACUCACAAGAAUGCGGAGGAUGGUGAGUGUGGGCAUGUGACUCACAAGAAUGCGGAGGAUGGUGAGUGUGGGCAUGUGACUCACAAGAAUGCGGAGGAUGGUAAGUGUGGGCAUGUGACUCACAAGAAUGCGGAGGAUGGUGAGUGUGGGCAUGUGACUCACAAGAAUGCGGAGGAUGGUGAGUGUGGGCAUGUGACUCACAAGAAUGCGGAGGAUGGUGAGUGUGGGCAUGUGACUCACAAGAAUGCGGAGGAUGGUGAGUGUGGGCAUGUGACUCACAAGAAUGCGGAGGAUGGUGAGUGUGGGCAUGUGACUCACAAGAAUGCGGAGGAUGGUGAGUGUGGGCAUGUGACUCACAAGAAUGCGGAGGAUGGUGAGUGUGGGCAUGUGACUCACGAGAAUGCGGAGGAUGGUGAGUGUGGGCAUGUGACUCACGAGGAUGCGGAGGAUGGUGAGUGUGGGCAUGUGACUCACGAGGAUACGGAGGAUGGUGAGUGUGGGCAUGUGACUCACAAGAAUGCGGAGGAUGGUGAGUGUGGGCAUGUGACUCAAGAGAAUGCGGAGGAUGGUGAGUGUGGGCAUGUGACUCACGAGAAUGCGGAGGAUGGUGAGUGUGGGCAUGUGACUCACGAGGAUGCGGAGGAUGGUGAGUGUGGGCAUGUGACUCACGAGAAUGCGGAGGAUGGUGAGUGUGGGCAUGUGACUCACAAGAAUGCGGAGGAUGGUGAGUGUGGGCAUGUGACUCACAAGAAUGCGGAGGAUGGUGAGUGUGGGCAUGUGACUCACAAGAAUGCGGAGGAUGGUGAGUGUGGGCAUGUGACUCACAAGAAUGCGGAGGAUGGUGAGUGUGGGCAUGUGACUCACAAGAAUGUGGAGGAUGGUGAGUGUGGGCAUGUGACUCACAAGAAUGCGGAGGAUGGUGAGCGUGGGCAUGUGACUCACAAGAAUGUGGAGGAUGGUGAGUGUGGGCAUGUGACUCACAAGAAUGCGGAGGAUGGUGAGUGUGGGCAUGUGACUCACAAGAAUGCGGAGGAUGGUGAGUGUGGGCAUGUGACUCACAAGAAUGCGGAGGAUGGUGAGUGUGGGCAUGUGACUCACAAGAAUGCGGAGGAUGGUGAGUGUGGGCAUGUGACUCACAAGAAUGCGGAGGAUGGUAAGUGUGGGCAUGUGACUCACAAGAAUGCGGAGGAUGGUGAGUGUGGGCAUGUGACUCACAAGAAUGCGGAGGAUGGUGAGUGUGGGCAUGUGACUCACAAGAAUGCGGAGGAUGGUGAGUGUGGGCAUGUGACUCACAAGAAUGCGGAGGAUGGUGAGUGUGGGCAUGUGACUCACAAGAAUGCGGAGGAUGGUGAGUGUGGGCAUGUGACUCACAAGAAUGCGGAGGAUGGUGAGUGUGGGCAUGUGACUCACGAGAAUGCGGAGGAUGGUGAGUGUGGGCAUGUGACUCACAAGAAUGCGGAGGAUGGUGAGUGUGGGCAUGUGACUCACGAGGAUACGGAGGAUGGUGAGUGUGGGCAUGUGACUCACGAGGAUGCGGAGGAUGGUGAGUGUGGGCAUGUGACUCACAAGAAUGCGGAGGAUGGUGAGUGUGGGCAUGUGACUCACAAGAAUGCGGAGGAUGGUGAGUGUGGGCAUGUGACUCACAAGAAUGUGGAGGAUGGUGAGUGUGGGCAUGUGACUCACAAGAAUGCGGAGGAUGGUGAGCGUGGGCAUGUGACUCACAAGAAUGUGGAGGAUGGUGAGUGUGGGCAUGUGACUCACAAGAAUGCGGAGGAUGGUGAGUGUGGGCAUGUGACUCACAAGAAUGCGGAGGAUGGUGAGUGUGGGCAUGUGACUCACAAGAAUGCGGAGGAUGGUGAGUGUGGGCAUGUGACUCACAAGAAUGCGGAGGAUGGUAAGUGUGGGCAUGUGACUCACAAGAAUGCGGAGGAUGGUGAGUGUGGGCAUGUGACUCACAAGAAUGCGGAGGAUGGUGAGUGUGGGCAUGUGACUCACAAGAAUGCGGAGGAUGGUGAGUGUGGGCAUGUGACUCACAAGAAUGCGGAGGAUGGUGAGUGUGGGCAUGUGACUCACGAGAAUGCGGAGGAUGGUGAGUGUGGGCAUGUGACUCACGAGGAUGCGGAGGAUGGUGAGUGUGGGCAUGUGACUCACGAGGAUACGGAGGAUGGUGAGUGUGGGCAUGUGACUCACGAGAAUGCGGAGGAUGGUGAGUGUGGGCAUGUGACUCACGAGGAUGCGGAGGAUGGUGAGUGUGGGCAUGUGACUCACGAGAAUGCGGAGGAUGGUGAGUGUGGGCAUGUGACUCACAAGAAUGCGGAGGAUGGUGAGUGUGGGCAUGUGACUCACGAGGAUACGGAGGAUGGUGAGUGUGGGCAUGUGACUCACGAGGAUACGGAGGAUGGUGAGUGUGGGCAUGUGACUCACGAGGAUACGGAGGAUGGUGAGGGCAACAAAGAAGGAAGAGCCGAGGACGAAGGCACGCCAUUGGAACUGCACCAUGCACAUGCAGGGAAUGGAGGGGAUGAGACCAUAGGGGGACGGAUGAGCACAUGGGGACCAGAUAGAGGAAGCCUGGUGCAUGGGAAGCACGUGGGGGGGCAGAGGAGGGUUGGGGCAUGCGAAGCACGCACAUGGCACGUGGGGACCAAUAAGAAACGGGAUGCUUAG